AUGGUCCGCCAUGUAGUUCCCAUCAACACCAUCAAGAACUCCAUCCACCACGCCCAUGCCGCCCCGCCGACCUCGAAUCCCUCGUUUGCUCAACCACCGGCCUUUGGCGAACACCGGCGGGGGGCUUCGAUUCCAGGGUCCAGGACCGCGGCUGCGUUUCUGACCUCUCUCUCGGCGAACCUAACGCUCCCGGACGUCGACUCGCCGUUCCCAUCGCCAAUCUCGACGCCGUCGAUGCGCGGCGCCAGCGAGACCUUCACUUCGCACCUGCCGCCGCCGUCCCCGCUCGCGUCGGCCGUGCCAAUGUUGACAGACGAGUAUGGCAGUGACGCUGUGGGACCCACGGACCUGCUCUCGCCCUCCCUGGGCGCCGCGGGGUCGAAACAGCAGCAACAACAAAACGCGUCUCAGGUGCGGCAGCGUCGUCAUCAGGAGGGGGUCCGUGAGCAGCAGCUGCAACCGCAGCAGCCGCGAUCGCUGCGGGUGCCGGUGACGGCGCCCACCGCCGCCGACCCGCUGCUGGCGGACGUGCCGGAGCUGGCGACGGCGGCGGCGGUCGACGACGAGGACAAGACGGCUGCGCUCAGGCUCGUGGCCGACGGCGUGGCCCAGCAGCGCCAGGCGGCUUCGUGGGCGCUGCUGUCACAUCCGGCAGUGAUCGGCGGUUACGUGCUCCUGCUCGCGCUGCUGUACAAGUACAUGUACAGGCAGCCCGGCGACGUGCCGCUGCUGUUCACGACGGGCGCCGGCGUCACGAUGGCAUGCUUGGUGGCGGUGCGGCUCCUGACGAGCGGCUACAUCCGCCACGCCGAAUCGGUCAAUUGGAGCUUCUUGGACGAGGGCGCCGACAGCGUCCUCGUCACGCGGUUUGGCGGGCAGGUCAUUGGCGCGUUGGUGCUUGGUUGGGCUGGUCCCAGCAGCACCGGGAACAAGGCCGCAAGGCGGCGCAAGGGUAGGGGUGUGAUUAAGGCUUGGACGGUGAAGCUGCGCUACAGAGGCAAAGGCGUCGGCACCGGCCUGCUCGAGGAGGCCGUGAAGGAGACGGUCAAGCGUGGUGGUGAGGGGGUGGAGUUCGCCGAGGACCACGCAAACUCGCGCCGCUUCCUCCCGCAUUACUUCAAUGGCUUCAUCGACCGCCGCGAAGACCAUGCCCACGAGGCUCUUCGGGAUGUCAUCAACAAGAGUGGGGCGUUCAGUGGAAGGAGGAGAAAGUCGUCUGUCUACUAA